AACUUCGGUUAAACAUGAGUCGUGUUCGUACCAAGACCGUCAAGAAGGCUUCCCGUGUCCUCAUCGAGAAGUACUACACUCGCAUGACCAAUGACUUCCAUAACAACAAGCGCGUCUGUGACGAGGUUGCCAUCAUCGGAAGCAAGCCACUCAGAAACAAGAUCGCUGGAUACAUCACUCACUUGAUGAGACGUAUCGAGAGAGGACCAGUCAGAGGUAUCUCCAUCAAGCUUCAAGAAGAGGAGCGUGAGCGCAGAGACAACUACAUGCCAGAGAUCUCCACUGUUGAUCCAUCUCAACUCACCUCCAUCAAGGUUGACACUGAUACCAGCGACAUGCUCAAGGCCGCUGGAUUCAACCUUCCAAACGUCACCGUUGAGGAUCAAGGAAAGAACAAGGGAAAGUAAAUAUUCCCUGUGUUUAAUUGUUAUUGUUGUGGUGGAUAAUAAAUAUUUAAUCUGCC